AUGGCAGGAAUUGUCCUGGAUUCAAAUACUCGCUAUCGCAUUUUCUACGAGCCGUGGGAUUCUUAUGUGUUGGCUGCUUUUAGGUCGGGCGAUCCUAACAGCGCUGGUGUUGCGUUGCAGGCAACCAACAUAUCGGUCAGCGAUAGUUCCGAUGCAUGGCAAAUCAUCACUUUCACCGAGGCUAUCGGAACCUACGCAUUUCGCUCGCUCAUGUAUGCAGACAGGACUGUACUGCUGGAUGUCUUUCAAGUGGACAACUCGAACUCAACACGCCCACGCCUUAUAGGCAAAGCCGAUGACGAUCCAUACCUCGACUCGAGUCUCUGGACGCUCGCUCUAGCCGGCGGGGACAAGUAUUUCAUACAGAAUCUCGCGAACAGUACCAGCUGGUUUCUCGGAGCCGGCCCUUCGCCUGCAGCCACUAGUGGACAGAUCAUAGAGAUGUACGAAGGGACUGGGGCUGGUACGUGGAGGUUCGAAGAAGAGGGAGUCAUCAGUAGCACCUCUGCAGCUUCAAGUACAACAACAUCCAGUUCCACCCCAACGAGCACCUCUGAAACCCCAUCAUCCACCACGACGUCUUCUUCCCUAGCAACAGCUACAUCAUCAUCUGCAGUCUCUUCAGGCAGUUCCCUAUCGGGCGGCGCCAAAGCUGGUGUCGCGGUAGGUGUUGUGAUAGCAGUUCUGGCCGCCGCCCUGCUCGCGCUUCUAUACCUGCGGAAACGGAAGAGACAGCGCCUCGUUGGCAAGAGCUACGUCUCACCCAACACAGGGGGGGUGGCGCCCGUGGAAAUGGACAUGAACGACAGCUCCGACAUUAGAAAAUCAGCAACACCAUCUGAACUCAUGGGCAGCUAUUCGUCACGGCAACAGUCGACAUACCAUGUCGUACCGCAGGAGCUGGACGGGUCCACGGAACAUUCUAGUACCAGAGUUAGAUAG